AAAGAUAAUUGUGAAAAGGAAAAAAAAGAAAAGGUAAUUAGGUGGUUGGAUAGUGCGCGUCGCGACGCCGCUGUUUAGGGGCGCAUGCUUAUGACGUCAAACGUUUUCCACCAUCAGUCUGACGAGGUACAAGACUCAGAACGGUUUCCCGAUACCGAAAUUCGCGUAAAAACCGAAGAAGAAACUACAUUCGCAUUCAGUCACACACACACACUACACACACAUAUACACACACGUAUAUAUAUAUGUACACACAUUCAUCAGUACAGACGGUUCCCGGAUAAUUUUCGAAUAUCUUCGAACAUCAUUAAUAAUGCCUGUGAUAAAAGUAGACUUCGCCGAAAAUCGGAAUAACAAACAAACGAAUCGCUAGGAAAAGAACAAUGUCAAAUGAAAAGCUGGCUAGGAGCGUAGCUUUGGAACAGGCCUACGUACACGACGUUUACGAACAAUUCUACGAUAACCCCAGAAGCAGACCAUGGCCGAGAGUGCAAGAGUUCAUAGAUGGCCUAGAACCCGGUUCCAUCGUAUGCGAUGUCGGGUGCGGAAACGGAAAAUACUUAAGUUCUAAUACGUCUCUAUACAGUAUGGGCGGUGAUAAAUGUAAAAAAUUAACAGAAGUAGCUAGAGAAAAAGACAAUGAAGUGAUGGUUUUAGAUAAUUUAGCUUUGCCGUUUCGCGAUGAGAGUAUGGACGCAGUACUUUCUAUAGCAGUAGUUCAUCAUUUUUCAACGACCGAGAGAAGGGUGUGCGCUUUGAGGGAGUUGGCGCGCGUCUUAAGAAUUGGCGGUAGAUUAAUCAUUUCUGUUUGGGCCAUGGAACAGAAUCACCGGAAGUUCGAAUCGCAAGACGUGUUAGUUCCUUGGCAUCGACACCAUAAGCUCAGCUCUCCGUCGCUUGAAUUGACAUCAACCACCAACACCUCAGAGGACGACUGCCACUUACCCUACCAUGCUUACUCACAAAUUUCCGAUAGCGAUUCAAACAAAUCUAACAGAACAAAAAAACGCGGAAAGACGAGAAGCAGAGGACGUUCCAUAGAUCCAAGAGUCAGCAAUUCUCCAAGUAGUUCCAGCCUAUCAAGCCCUAACGAGACUUGUUACAGUUUUGUGCGACGAGCAAUCCAAAAACUUGCCGGCGGCAGAAGAGCCGUUCACAAACCUUGGUUUUUGGAUACCUGGACUAACUGUACAAAAGACCCACCAUUGCCAAAACAAUAUGAUGCUGACGGAUGCGAAUGUUGCGAUUGUGAAAGUGCCCACGAUUUGCCGAUAGAGUUACGACGCGUGGACGAUAAUGAAUUACCGCAAAGACGAAAAACACUUCCUUCGUCAACGUUAACGAACGACUUAUACAAUUUGAAAUCGAAAAGCAUGACAAACAUGUCUGCCGUGGAGAACAAUAAUAUUAUUAGAUCAAACUCGAGCAUUCCCAGCAUUCAAGAAUCACUGGAAUCGAACCAAAGCAGCAGAACACAAUCAACUAAAAACUUAAGCAAACCUAAACUCGUGAAACAGAAAAAAUCGAUUUGCGAGGAUGAUGCUGAUCCCAUCCUAGCUGAACAGAAAGACUUACCGCCCGUACUUCCCGACGUUAGGAUAGAAACAAACAGAUAUGCCCGAGGAAGUGUAUUGAAGCAACGCUCACUGAAUGAAGAACUUAUGUCCACGGAGCGGUUGCAGGAAAAAGAAAAGCUGCGUCGCAAUAUACAUAAGCAAGCAUCGCUUAAUGAAGAUUUAAUAUUUCAAAGGAAUUAUUCAUUUGAAAACUUGCGGGACAGCUUGUUUUCAACAUCCACCGCCAAGAGGUUACAAUUAAUUAAAACGGGAUUCACGAACAAAAUAAGGAAUACUAACAUCGACAGGGUUACAGGUGCAUCAUUGAAAAACGGAUUCGUAAGAAUGUUUCAAAAUUGGAAGAGCUCGGAUAUGAUUUCACCUACAAUACCGGAAGACGAAAGCAUAGUGACAACGACGAAACCCCCCGAAACUGAGAGACGACAUUCCAAGGAAGACGGCUCGGACUCUUCAAAAGACAGCAGCUUGCAAAGCGACACCAGCGUUGACUCGGAAGACAGUUUCGCUUCAGUUAUUUUCGUUCCUAAAUCAAAUCCCAUGUCUCCUACAUUAUCUCCAGGCCCCACAUCACCUAGAGUCAACUCAUCCGUCCCGAAUUCGCCGAGAAUUAAGCAAUCAUCCUGCCCAACGAGUCCCAGAAUCAAGCAAAUGCCCCUCAGUAUAUACCCACUGACAAAGCAGUUGAGCUCUCCGAAACCGAGCAACGUGUCUAAGUUCGAAACACUAUCGCCAACCGAAUACAAGUUGGGAAAUCAGAAGAAACAUACAGUACAAAAAAUACAAUCGUUAGCCCAAAAGUAUGCUGUGGUACCUAUCCCAAAAUUCAAACCAACAAUCCAACCUGCGCAAACCGUAAUCCCAGAAGUAACAACUACCGUAACAACAAAUAACAACAACAACAUUAUCAUUGCGAGUAACAGAAAAAGUGAUGACGAGAAGAAACUGAAUAAAAUCAAGGAAUUGCUGAAGUCAAAGCCCGGCUUCGGAAUGCGCGUUAGCAGCAAACAUAAUUAUCCAAUUGUACGUCACUCCUCAAUUAAUAACGGUAUCGCAAAACCAUUGCCCAAAUUACUUUCUUUGGAGCUUUUCAACCCGGAAACGGAUGAUAAGGAUAGCGAUUCAAGCGCAGUUUCGUCCCCUGAUUCAGCUGAUAGCGUAAUUAGCGUGAACUCUGAGACAAAACGAAAGUUUACGUUCCCAGAUAUUGGCGAGAAAGAUGAUAAAUCCAUGACCCUUCUUCAAGCUGCUGCAGAUGUCGCCAAAUCACUGGAUAAUGCCGUGGACAGGGUGAUUAAAUCGAGCCCGAGAGCGAAACGACAGGAUAUUAAAGUGUUCGAAGUACAGUCGGUCAUGGAGAGGCAGUACACGACCGAAACGAUGCCGUUGCUGCUGAACGAAGAAGAAGAAACCAACUGGAACGACGAGUGUCACAAACAUUUAACGGAUUUCGCGGACAAGCUGAGCGAGAAAUUGUUGCGUGAAAUCGACCAGUAUCAAGAGAAGGUAAAGCGGAAGGAGGCCGGCAUAUCAUCAUCUUUGGAACAUAUCGAUGACCCUUACAUACAUCGCCUAAGCGAAGAGCUGCAAGACCUGUCCAAGCUAAGCGCAGAAAUCCAGAAACAAAACGAGUAUUUGGCACAACUCAGCGCAUGUGAUAAACAGUACGGCAAUUGUGCGAAGUGUAAUCAAGUAAACUGUUCGUGUAGUAAACAAAAAUCGCGUAAAAACAAUAACAAUAAUAUUAAAGUGCCACUUAUCGAUGUGAACGAAAGUACCGACGAGGCGGAGAGUAACAACUUAGCGGACAAACUGAGCAAAAACGGUGCGUCCGUGGAUUCCGGUGAUUCAGAGAGAGGAAGUACCCCCAAUUCGACGUCCCUCCACUUCGGACAUUCCAUUGAAUCGAACGAGGGCUUCUCUGAUAAGGGCAGCACCGACAAGGACACAAAUUCGGUCAGCAGGUACAGCGAUGGAGGCAGCACCGCCUCAUUGGCAUCCUGUCCGGAGUGGAAGACAAUUAAGACCAAGCUAAGUGUCGAUCAGCCUCACUCUUUUGACGAGAAGUCCGAGCUGCUGGGCGACAAGGAUAAGAGCAACCUGAUUCCUUCGCUUAGUGACACCUCGCAAGAGUCUCUGCCAUCCGACAAUGUAGGCGGAGAGAUUACCUAUCACAGAUAUUAUCAUGUAUUUAGGGAAGGUGAAUUGGACCAACUCAUAGAGAAAUACGUAGAGAAUUUACAUAUUAUUUCAUCAUACUAUGACCACACCAGUUGGUGUGUUGUAGCAGAAAAAGUGCAGGUAUGGACCAUCUGACCUGUUUUUCGUAGAAAAAACGAACCCUGUCUGAAUAGCACAACUCAGAUUGUACAUAGUGUUAUUUAUAUACAUACUGAUACAACAUGCAAAAAAUAAUACCUAUUCAUACCAUCCAGAUAAGAGCAUAGACGCAAUUCUCAAUAAUAAUAAUUAAUAAAUUCGCAAAUAGUUCGUAAAAUGCAAGCAAUUUGCUUUUACUUUACUAAAUUUAAAUAUAGUAGC